GGGAUCUCGGUCCACUGUCUCUCUCCAUCUCCCUGUGGAAUGUGUUUCUGACCGAAGUUCCUGCUUCAGUGGUUUGAAGGCGAAAAUAAAAGUUUUCCAAAAUGGAUGGGAUAUAUUCAGAGGCUAACGAAGAGAAUGACAAUACACAGAGGCCUGUUAGAAGACAGCAUUCCUCAAUUUUGAAACCCCCAAGGAGUCCUCUUCAGGACCUCAAAUGUGGAAAUGAAACAAUUCAGGAAUCUAAUGCUCCAAGAACCAGGAAAAGCUCUCGGCGAGUCAGCUUUGCAGAUACUAUAAAAGUAUUCCAGACAGAGUCUCAUAUGAAAACAGAGAGAAAUUCAGAAAUUUCAGGUAUGAACACUUUGCUUUGUGCUCCAAUCCAGACUCGGAUGCCACAAAAGGAGUUUUCAAUUAUAGAUUGCAACCAUGAAAGGAAACAUGCAAAUGAUCAGACAGUCAUCUUUUCAGAUGAAAACCAGAUGGAUCUGACAGCAAGUCACACUGUGAUGAUUACCAAAGGUCUUUUAGAUUGUACCAAAAAUGAAAACCCCACAAAAAUAGAUACCACGUCCUUUCUGGAGAAUUUAAAGCAUCAUGCUGGGAAUUCAAAAGUUAAAAAGGAUUUAGCAUGUCCCACAAUUUCCAUAAGUCAAAACAUUUUCUCAGAAAAGAUAAAUUCUGACAACUUCAUAAAAAGAUUGAAAACAGGAAAAUAUAAUACUUUUCCUUCUACAGAGCUUGAUAAGGAAAAUGCUGAGAUUCUUAUUUAUUCCAAAGACUCAAACAGUGCCUCUUCAACACAUCAAAUGCAUGCAUCUCUUAGUGUAGAUGAAAAUAGUAGUAAUAGGACUAGACUCUUCAGAGAACAAGAUGAUGGGAUGAAUCUGACCCAGUGUCAUACAGCCUGUAUUCAGACUUGGAUUCCUCCAUCCAGGGAGACCAACUUAGGAGAAUUUAAAGGUGAUAAUACAAUUUAUGGCAAUGAGUGCAUGGAGUUGACAACUAACUAUACAACACAGGUUUUGUCGUCAGAAAAUAAUUUAUCUGACAGAGAAACUCAAACUCAAAAUGGUAUGAGUGUUACAACAUUUGAUGAAGCUAUGGCUCCAGAGAAGAAAACAGCUCUGAAGGAUAAACUAAACGCUGCUUUCCAAGGCUCUUUCCCAAACCAUGAAAAUAAAAUUCAUAUUACCAAAUGUCAUCCUAUAGAGUCAGGAGCUCAUACAGUCACACAUAUUUCUAAUCAAAGUGCCAGCCCAUUGCCUGUAACCUCAGAAUCUAUAUGUUCUAGUCCAGCUACACAAGGGUAUAAGACAAUUUUUUAUUCUAGUAGCAAUGAUGCAAUGGAACUGACUAAGUGUCUAUCAAGUAUGCAAGAGGAAAAAAAAUUGCUGAAGGCUGAUAAAAAGUAUUCUAAAAUAUGUACCAAUUCAGAUGCUGGCCCACUCAGAGAGAAAACUAUUUAUUCAGAAGAGGAUAGCAUGGACAUUACCAAAAGUCACACAGUUGCAAUAGAUAAUAAGAUAUUUAAGCAUGAUCAAGAAAACAUUAAAAAAGAAACAACAGCUAUACCAAUAUUUGAAAAGGAAAUGAUGCUCCAAAAUCUUAUAACUAUGUCAAAAGAUGAGAAAAUGAAUGUAACUUAUAUUACAGUUCCUCAAGAAUCUAAGGAAAUAUUACAACAGAGUCUGACAAAUGCUUCAUCUGUUUCAUUGGCUGACAAAAAGAUGGAAUUCUUAGCAGGCGAAGAUAUGGAUUUGACUAAAAGUCACACAACUAAGUUAAGUCAAGUUAUUCCUACAGCCUUUGACUUAGCAUCAAAGAAUGUCACCAAAUCUUACUCUCACAGCAAAAGCCCUUCAGAUGAGUGGGAAAGCCUACAUAAACAAGUCAUGCUAGGCCAGCAUUCUAAACCUCCCUUACCACAGAAGAAAGAUUUAGAUGAUCCUAACUGUUCUCAUCAGAAGAUAAUGUGUUCAGAGGAGGUACAAACUAUGGAUCUAACCAAGAGCCACACUAUUGUAAUUGGGUUUGGUCCUUCUGAGGUACAAGAACAUAAUAAAAUUAAUUUAGAACACAGAAACAACCAACUUACAACAGAAAGCAGACAAAUAGCUGUGAACAUUCCUGGGGGAAACUCUAAAGUAACAACUAACGAUAUGGACAUAUUAAAGGACAGGAGUAUACAUAAGCCAGAAUUGCUGAAGGAAAAGCAAAACGUCAAAAUUUAUGGAAGAAAAAGUAUUAGUGGACUGAAACUUGGUAAAACUAUAUUAUUUUCAGAGGGUAAUGAGGAUGAUAUGGAUAUCACCAAGAGUUACACAGUCAAAAUAAACUAUAGGUCUUUAUUAGAUAAACAUGAUUCUCAUGUAGUAUCUUUGGCAGGAACUUCUAAAACCAUUUUGCAUGCACGUGGACAGGAUGAAAUGGAAAUCAAUAGAAGUCAUACAACUCCUUUAGAGUGUAAAAUUAUCUCUCCCAGUGAUAUAACUCCUGGUGAUAUGGAUAAGACUGUGAUGUCUAUAGAUGAUCAUGAGGAACUAGAAAUGACAAAGUCUCAUACUGUUUUCAUUGACUACCAAGCAGAGGCAAAAGGUGUACUUCCAGACAGACUUGACUUUCAAUUAUCCAAAAAGGAAAGCCUACAGAAGCCAAAAGUGAUGUCUACUCCUGCUGAAGAAAUUAUUUCCAUUUCAAAAAAUAGUGAAAGCAACCAUGUACCAGCAAAAAGCAGCCAGCUAACAAUAUUAGAGGAAGGGUCUAAUAGUGGGCCUGGAGAAGAAACUAAUGAUGCACAAAAGCCUGGAUUUCUGAAUGAACAUCUAUCAGGCAAAACUCAGAGAAGAAAAAGCCUUAUGUUCAAAAACAAGACUAUUACAUUUUCAGAGAAUGAGAAAAGUAAUAUUGAUAUCACUCAGAGUUCUGUGGUAGAAAUAGAUAAUGAAACUAGGCUAGAAGACAGAAAGGGCUUCAGUUUUGUGCCACUGGCAGGAACUUCUAAACCAGUUUUGUCUGCAUAUAGGCCAGAGGACAUGGAGAUCUCUAGAAGUCAAACCACUACUUCAGAAAAUAAAACUGUCCCACCAGAUGAAAUAACUACUAUACCUAUGGAUAAAACUGUAAUGUUUUUGGAUAAUCUUGGUGAUCUGGAUGUCACCAGGUCCCAUACGGUUUUCAUCGAUUGUCAAGCCAAAGAGAAAAUACUUCAUGAAUAUACUAACUUGGGAAUAACAAAAACAAAAAACUUGAGUGGUUCUGAAGGUGAUACCUGUAAUCAAGAAAUCAAAAAACCAGUAGCUGAACACAGACACCAUAUAACAACUGUUAUUCCUUCUAAUACAUUAUCUAGUAGUGAUCAAAGUACAAUGAAAAUCAAGUUUCAUAAAGCUGAUAGAGAUGAGGUCAUAGGAAAAGAAAUGGAGGCCAAUACAUUGAAACAAACUAAACUUAAAAGCAGCCCAUUAAAUAGAACAGAUGGAAAAAAUGUGGCUUUUUCAAGCAGUUAUACAGCUGAUGUUUGUAGGUCCAGGGAUAAGUAUUCCUCUUUACCAAAUGUUAUUUCUUCUUCCAAUAAUUUGGAUGGUAAUACUAUGUCCUUGUGUGAUAAAAAUGAGAAAACUUAUAAUUGCCAAGUGCCAAAUGAGUUUGCUUAUGCAGAUAUUUUACCAAGUAGAUAUCAUGUGAAUUCUGAGAAACUGUCUGUCUUUGCACCUUGUCCUUCAAAAGAAAUUACUCAAUCUGAAAGUGCAAUAGCAUUGCUUAAAGAUCAAGAUCUGAUAGAAGAGCCUCUAGGGGAGAUGGCUAAAUUUAACUCAAAGCAUGCAUCUCUUAAACUUGCAAAGGAUCAAAUGGAGGCCUCUGUUGAUGUUAGUGUUGCUUCUCAGCCUCAUCUCUCAGCCCAACAAUCUCCAUCAACUCAAAAAGGGGAGGAUGCUGCCAAUAGAGAUGAAGAAAUAUUAUCUAAAGCUGGGAAGAAGACUUCACCUUUUCUUAUAGGAAAUGUCUCUUCACUCACAUGUGAAAAUGAGUCCAAAAUGUCCACUGAUGAGGGACACUUUGCUGUAACCUAUAAAAAAGAACUGACCAAAAGUAUUCAAACAGAUAAAUGUAAUACAAAUAUACAAAGCCAUAGUAACUCAGCCCUGACAUCACAAGUCAUUCAAAUACAUGUCAAUGCUGAAGAAGCAUCAGACUCUAUAGUUCCAUCUACUGUUUCAUGUUUUAGUAGUGCUAAACAAAGUCUGAGUAAUUUGAAUAGAAAAACUGAGGAGGUUUUAGACUUUCAGACUGUUCAUUUAUUACCUCCUGCAGAACAGUUACUUGAAGGAAGUCAGGGACAUAGUAUAGUACAAGCUACAGAAAUGUAUAGCCUAGGUUCCAGUAACAAUAGAGAUGAAGAAAGUAAAACUUUACAUAAUGAGGCUGAAACUACAUCUGUACCCCUAAAAGCAGUUGUUAAAGACAAAGCGAGAAGAUGUUCGUUGGGAAUAUUUUUACCUAAAUUACCAAACAAGAGAAGUUGUAGUAUCACUGGUGUGGAUGACCCAGAUCAGAUUCUAGCAAAUGCAACUGAUGUAACUCACCUAGAGACUCAGCCAGUCUGUAGUAAAGAUCCAGGCGUUGGAUCUGUUGCAGCCAAAUUGAAAUCAAGUCCAUCUCAGUAUAUAAAUGAAGAAAAUCUCCCUAUGUAUCCUGGUGAGAUACUUUCAUCAGAUUCUGUUACAUUGGACAUUGAGGAAAGUGCUCCGAUUGACACAUCUCAUAAAGAGAUUUUACCAUCUGAAAACAAAACAGAAACCCGCAGGGCCCAAAAAAGAACCUGGGUUCAAGAAAAUGAUGUUACAAACGAGAAAAAAAUCAGAACACAUGAUAGUACACCAGAUCAAGAGAUUUUUGAUAAUCAUACUGAAGAGGAUAUCAAUAAAAAUGUCAGCAGUGUAUUGCUGAAAAGCCUGAGCAGGACACCGUCUAGUUGCAGCAGCUCUCUGGACUCAGUCAAGUCUGAGGGAAUCUCUCUGGAUGUCAGCACACAGCGUAAUAGCCAAAUGGAAUCACAGUUUCUUGGUGACACUAUCUGUGAAGAGAGUUUGAGAGAGAAACUCAGGGAUGGACAAAUUACAAUAAAGGAGUUCUUCAAACUUCUUCAGGUCCACAUCUUAAUACAGAAACCUAGGCAGAGCACUCUCCCAGCCAAAUUUACUAUAAACACAUUACCUACCACAGAAGAUCUGAUGUUGAGGCAAUAUGUUUAUGGACCCAAGAUACAGAUUUACAGAGAAGAUUGUGAGCUUCUUCGACAAAAGAUUGAAGAAUUAAAGGUAUCUACAUUGAACCAAGAUAAACUAUUGGCGGAUGUAAAUAGGAACUUGUGGGAAAAAGUGAAAGACUACUCUGAUGAAGAGCUGAAGACCUAUGGAAUUUACCUUAACAAAAUAAAAUCACGUUAUACCAAGAUGACAAAAGUCUUCACUCACCAAGGAAAAGUGGCUCUGUAUAGUAAAUUGGUGCAUUCGGCUGAGAAUGAAAAGAAGAAACUUCAGAUAAAAUUAAAUGAGAUGGACACCAUACUUAAGAAGAUCAAUAAAUGUCUCACUGAAGUGGAAAUAGAAACUAAGAAUUUGGAGAAUGAAGAGAAAAAUGAUGCCAUGGAAGAAUGGGAUUCUGAAAUAAGAGAUGCAGAGAAAGAACUGGAACAGCUGAAAACUGAAGAAGAGGAGCUUCAAAGAAAGUUCUUAGAAGUAGAGUCACAGAAAACGCAGACCCUUGCUCAGAUAGAAUUUAUAAAAGAACAAACAACUAAAACUGAAGAAUUACUGGAUCAAUUGAGCUUGUCUGAAUGGGAUGUCAUUGAGUGGAGUGAUGAUCAAGCUGUAUUUACCUUUGUUUAUGAUUCAGUAGAACUCAUCAUCACCUUUGGAGAGCCACUAGCUGGUCUCCCUUUCUUGGACAAGGCUAACAGGAAGAUUAAUGAGCUCAGGUUUCAGUCUCUGUUAGAUGAAGAUAAAGCUCCUUCUUCCUCCAUUUUAGUUCAUAAGCUUAUUUUUCAGUACAUUGAGGAACAGGAGUCCUGGAAGAAGAAAUGCACAACACAGCAUCAGGUACCCCAGAUGCUUCAAGAACUCUCACUGGUAGUGAACUGUUGUAGGCUUCUAGGAGAGGAGAUCGAAUUUUUAAAGCGAUGGGGGCCAAAUUAUAGCCUGAUGGAUAUAAAUGUGAAUAAUACUGAAUUGAGACUUUUGUUCUCCAGUUCUGCAGCAUUUGCAAAGUUUUCGAUAACCUUGUCUCCCUCGGCUCAUUAUCCCUUGGUCCCACUACCGUUCACCAUUCAAAAUCACCUUGGGAAGAUUGGCCAUGAUGAAAUUGCUGCCAUUAUCUUGAAAGUGCCCUUAGAGGAAAACUACCUGAAGAAUGUAGUCAAGCAAAUUUACCAAGAUCUACUUAAGGACUGAAACUUUUGCUGUAAGAACCACAGAUCACAGCCAUAACAACCAAGAAAAAAAUCCAUUUACCAGGCAUAGAGGUGAACUCUUGUAAUCUUAGGAUUCCAGUGAGAGAAGAUUAAAGCCAGCCUGGGCUGUCUAUGAGACCUGGCUGAAAAACAGAACACUUAAUAAUAUAUCAGGGUCAAUAUUGACAUUUAUUCUUUGUCUUAACAUCAUAUAAAACUAGCAAAAUUCCUCCCGAUGAUGCCAUAGUUAAUUUGUAUCACUAGUUUUAAAAUACCUAGUUGAAAAUGAUGAGGUCUCAAAUAGCAUCUACUUGUUAUAAUCCUUAUACCCAGGAUUAAAUGAUCAGACAUGUGAAAAAUUUCCCCUAAAGUAACUUGUUGAUAGAACACUUGUCUUGUGUGUAAAGACCUACAUUUAAUACCACAAAAAAAAAAAAAAACAGUUUUUUAAAAAAG